AAUCUGUGUUCUUCCAGGCUGCGGGGAUUCAGAGUUUGGGGACGGGUUGUAGAACGACGGACAUGGCUGCUCAACGGAUAUACAAUGAGAUGCAGGAUUACUAUAGCAAAGAAGUGACAAAAACAACAGAUCUGAAAACCAAUGCUUGCCUAACUACAAGACCUUUGCCUGCAUUUGUCAGAGAGGCACUCCAAUGUGUGCAUGAGGAGAUCUCAGCAAAGUACUAUGGUUGUGGCCUGAUAAUACCGGAGUGUGUAGAAAACUGUUGGAUAUUAGAUUUGGGCAGUGGGAGUGGAAGAGAUUGUUACAUGCUCAGUAAACUGGUUGGGGAGAAUGGACAUAUCACUGGAAUAGACAUGACCGAAGCUCAGGUAGAAGUGGCAAAGAAGUACAUUGACUAUCACAUGAACAAAUUUGACUACCAGAAUCCCAAUGUAAACUUCAUCCUUGGAUACAUAGAAGAACUGGGAGCAGCAGGCCUGAAGGAUGAAAACUAUAACCUUGUCAUCUCCAACUGUGUAGUUAACCUGUCUCCUAAUAAAAGAGCCGUCUUGCGUGAGGCCUAUCGAGUGUUAAAGACAGGCGGGGAGAUGUAUUUCAGUGACGUAUAUGCCAGCCAUGACCUGCCUGAGGAGAUCAGGAAACACAGGAUCUUGCGGGGUGAGUGCCUAGGUGGAGCCCUUUGGUGGGAGGAUCUGUACAAAAUAGCUGAGGAUGUUGGAUUCUUGCCACCUCGACUGGUGACAGCCUCUCGAAUAACCAUCGGUAAUAAGGAGGUGGAAGGUGUUGUGGGUGACUGCCAGUUUGUUUCUGCCACUUUCCGCCUCUUUAAGAUCCCCCUGGAUGAUUCAUCCCAAAGGUGUGAAGUUAUUUACAAUGGAGGAAUCACUGGACAUGAGAAAGUACUAGAGUUUGAUGUUAACUACAAGUUCAAGCAAGGUGAAGUGGUGGAAGUGGAUAAGGAGACAGCAACUAUUUUGCGGAACUCCAGAUUUGCUACGAAGUUCCUGAUCCGCCCAGUGGAGCAGAUGCUGCCAGUUCCUGAAAGCUGUAGUCCUGAGAAAGUAAAGGACAAGCUUCAAAAUCCCUUUAAAGUAGUGGAACAGAUGGAGGCAAGAAUGCCUAAACAGACUGCCUCAGGAUGCUGUGGCUCUAAGGGAUGUUGUUGAACAUUGCAGUGUACUAUCAUCAGAAAGAAGAGUUUGAAAGGAAUCAUCAAAACAACAAACGAAAAGAGAUUGUGAUGUCUAAACAAGCAUGAAAGUAAAGGCAUAAAUAAUGCAAUCAGAGGCUCUGGCUAUGCGGGUGUGUUUAUAUUCCAGAAAUUUCUUCCCCUUAAAUAAUUGACAAAGGUCUAACUUAAGCACAUAAGAGGAGGUGCUCUGCUGAAUCUGACCAGUGGUCCAUCUUGUGCAGCAUUCUGUUUCACAAAGUGACGAACCAGCUGCCCUGAAUGGUCAGAAUGUUGCUCCUUGGUGCUGGUAUUCAGAAGCUUACUGCCUCUGAAUAUGGAAGUUCCCUUUUGUCAUCAUAGCUAGUAGCGGUUGGUGUACCUGACCCCUAUAAAUCUGCCUAAUCCCUGACUGGUGUACUGAGCAAGAUCCUCUGUAAGCCUCCAUACUCGUGAUACAUUUCUAUGGUUUUAUGAGCUAUUUUGCAGUGGCGUGUCUAUAUAUGUUUCUUCUCUCCAGUGCUGAGCAUUGCCUCACAGCAGCAGAUUUUAAAAGUUGUGUUUUUCACUUGUUUUACCUGAAAUUAUCGUAAAAUGGUAUCAUCCCUUUGCUUUGCAGUCUUUUCUACAGUUUCCUGCGAACUGUCAACACAUAUUCUAUUCUCCAGGCAUGCACCAAAAUUUGUAUGAGGGGUACUACAUAACUGCUUCCUUAGACCACUCUCCCAUUCCAGAAUGUUUACACAGAAAAAGCAAUGCAGAGCACUCAGAUCCACAUUGAACAAACUGAUUGCGGAAUUGGUACGCCCUGCAAACACCUGUGCUAUGUAGAGGUGGGGGGUUUAUGGAGUUUCCAUAUAAUUCACAGUGUAAUUGCCAAAUAUAAAUAUCAGGCCUAAGUCAGUUUUGUGUCGUCAGGUUUAUUAAAAUCCAAGAUCAGAGUUAAGUUAGUGUGUAGG